AUGGCCGCCGCCGAGCAGUACAUCCAGCUGGCCAAGAGCCUGCCACAGCAGCUCCAGCGCUUCUUUGCCCGCUGGCCUCCCGCCGCCAUCCUGCCUCACAACGCGACGACACCCAAGACGGGCUUCCAGGAGCUCACCGCCAACCCCUUUGCGCCGCAAAAGCACCCCGCCACGGGCAAGUGGCACGACCCUGUCUACUCUUUGCGCCGCCAGGCCGAGAUUGUCAAGCUCGCGCGCCAGCACGGCGUGGAGGAGCUGCUGCCCUCGACGGUCAAGGGCACCGAGUACAGAAUCGCGCACCGUGUCGAGCACGGACUGAGGGUGAAGGGUACCGGUGUUGGACAAAAGGUCAAGGGAAAGAUUCACGAGAGGAUGGUGCAGCCCAGAAUGGAGAAGAGGAGAGAAGCUAUGCUGGCGAUGCCGAAGCUCAUCAAGGAGUGGAAGAAGGUUGGAAAGAAGAACUGGACAAGGUUUCCCAAAUAA